AUGAAGCCACCUACCAUUUUGGCCACCCUCUUCACCCUGACCCUAACUGGGCUAUCUGUGGCUGAUAAAACCUGUACCCCGAGCUUCGAUUACUGCUCGGAUGUGCUGUUGAAUGAUAAGGGCUUCUCUCAAUCUGAUCUGACAGACGCCCUCCAAGGCACCGGAUAUGAGAACCAAAACUUGACCAACAUUCUCUUCCACUGUACGAAUCCGGGCCAGGUUGGCCAUGCUAAGCUGUGUGAUAACGGGUGUGUGGACCCUCCUCAGGAGGGCAGCCAUGGAUGUGAUGGUUAA